AUGGGUGGUGAGAAGCGGCUUCAAACGACGUCUGACUCCAUGUUAGGGGCGGUCGAGAACCAGAAGGAAAACUACAAACCCUUCAGAAGGCAACGGGAAACCACUGAAGUAUUUUCCCAAGAAAACUACAUGGAAGAAGUUGAAAGUGAACGGCCCUCAGUCUCCGGCAAAAAGAGGGUGCUAAGAAUCCCCGGAGUCAAAAAUAAAUUUAACAUAGGAUCAUGGAAUGUGCAAAGCCUGUUCGAGGCUGGAAAACUCGCAAACACCAUCAAAGAAAUGCGAAGACUAAACCUAGCACUGUUAGGAAUAUGCGAAACAAGGUGGCCUUCCUCUGGACGUUGCAUUACUGACGACGCAGUAUUUUACCAUUCUGGCAACGAAGAUCAAUAUCACAGAUACGGAGUUGGCAUUAUCGUGGAUAAACACCUAAGCAAGGGUGUAACAGAUUUUAUACCAUACAAUGAUAGAACAAUGCUACUAAAAAUUGAAGCAAAACCAAUAAAUAUCAGUAUAAUUCAAGUAUAUGCCACCACCCUAGACAAAUCUGAAGAAGAAAUUGAAUCCUUCUAUGAGGACAUCAAACAGCUCCUAAAGUACACGAAGCCGCAUGAUCUGAACAGUAUCCAAGGAGAUUUUAAUGCCAAAGUGGGCAAAGGAGAAGUGAUCGGGGGAGUGGUUGGUCCUUGGGGUCUGGGAGAAAGGAACAUUAGAGGAGACAGACUAAUACAAUUCUGUCAAGAAGAACAUUUUAAAAUCAUGAAUACUUGGUUCUCCCUACCUCCGAGAAGAUAUAGGUUCAGCACAACCGUCUCAAGAGCGCAGACGUACCCGGGCGCCGACGUGCCAUCCGAUCAUUGUCUUCUAACGAUAAGCAUAAAGCUAAAACUAGCUUUGUGCAAGGUCAACAAAGGUCAAAUAAGAAAAUUAGACACCUCGAAAUUACAGCAGGAGGAGAUAAAGUCUGAUCUUAGGAACAAACUAAACCAAAAAUUGGAACAUAUAAAAGACCAAACAGAUCAACAACCACUGGAAGUAUGGGAAACAGUUGAAACUACCAUAAAGAACGUCACAAUUGAAUGUCUGGGAUAUGAAAAAAGACGCAGCAAAAAGAAAUGGAUGACUGACGAGAUCCUACAACUAAUGGACAAACGCAGACAGCACAAGAACACUAAUCAUGAUGAAUACAAGAGACUAAACUCACUAAUAAGAUCUGAUAUUAGAAAGGCUAAAAGGAAAUGGCUGGAGGGGGAGUGUAAGGAAAUUGAAUACUUGCAACAAAUACACAAUACGCGUGAAGAACACAAAAAGAUGAAAGAAGCAUCUGGAAUGUAUAAAAAACGACCUCCAGGAAUAUAUACCGAUGACACAAACAAAUUCAUAAUAGAAGCAAAUGAAAAGAAACAGCUGUGGGAAGAAUAUGUCACAGAUUUACUUGCCGAUGAUUCUCGUGAAGGCCUAAAAGACAACCAGUUAAGCGAAUCAUUAUCAGGGCCACCUAUAUUGAGGGAAGAAAUAAAGAAAGUGGUUAUGGAAGCAAAAGAUCAUAAGGCUACAGGACCAGAUGUAUACCAGGGGAGGUUUUGA